CACCCGCGACGGACGGCGCGAUCUCUCGCUGUCGCCAACGUUGCGGCCGUGGCCGGCGUCUAACGCAUCCGACUAUAUCAGAACCGAUAUUCGCCGAGUGCUGGUAGACGCAACGCUGACCGCGCUUGGCUUUGUUUUUUUCUACUCUAUCUGUUUCCAGUUUUGGUGAAUCCUUGAAUGGACCAACUGUCACGCGUAGAUUUACUGUGCCAUAAUUCAGAUUCCAUCUGCCGAGCAGUAGCAUAAACUGUAACAUCAGCGGACCGCUCUCCGAAAGCCGCCCCAACAUAAAUUGCUUCAUCCAGAGAUCGCCACACACUCUUCAGAAGAUGCCAUUUCCGAACAUAUACACAUUAAUACGAAGUAAAUAUUCAGUGAACGAUGGCUAGUUACUUUGAACAUUGCCAGUCGUGUGCUACAUUACUAUAAGGAUAUACCGCUUUUAGCGGGUUUUAUUCAAAAUAUCUGCUUCUAAUCUGAAAGUAUCUUGGCAUAGGACUGCUGAGAAAAAGAAAAGAAUACACUAACGAUAUGUAACUAAGCCUUCACAGUUAUGAUCUCUUCUACCUUUGCUUCUUCAAAGAAUUCCAAACAUGACACAGGCACAGAAUGAGAAUAAGUUCUCAUUAGAUGAUCGAUUUCGAAAUGUGGAAGUAAAACGGUGGUAACAUCUGGACUUUCUCAACCAUCAACCAGUAGUUGUGUGGUGGCGCCAUCGGCGGUGGCUGCUGGUCUGCUGUGGGAUGCUGGUAGCGAGUAUGCGGCCGGCGGCGCAGCUGCAGCAGCAGCUGACCACGGCUCUGGUGGUCACGCUACUCGGAGCAGCAGUGGCGCAACAAGGUGACUGCGACGCACCGCUUGGACUCGAGUCUGGGGCCAUUCCGGACUCAGCCCUCUCUGCGAGCUCCAGCUACGUGGGAAGUGUUGGUCCCCGAUACGGCAGACUACGCAGCGAGCGCGGCGGCGGCGCGUGGUGCCCCAAGUCGCAGGUGUCGCGCGGGGUGCGCGAGUGGCUGUCGGUGGCGCUGGCCGGCGUGCACGUGGUGACGGCGGUGCACACGCAGGGCCGCUACGACCACGCGCGCGGCCAGGAGUACGCCGAGGAGUACUCCGUCGAGUACUGGCGGCCCGGCCUGCGCGACUGGAGGACCUACCGCCGCUGGGACGGCAAGCAGAUCCUGAGCGGGAACAGCGACACGGCCACGGUGGUGACGCAGCGUCUGUUGCCGGCCAUCUUCGCCAGCCAGCUGCGGGUGCUGCCCUACAGCGUCCACCGCAGGACCGUCUGUCUGCGCCUCGAGCUGUCCGGCUGUCCUGCCACAGGAGGCGUCGUGUCCUACUCGAUCCCGGAGGACACGGUGGCGGUGUCCCAGGAGCUGUCGGACGCCACGUACGACGGGGAGCACCGCAGCGGCAUGCUGGUUGGCGGGCUCGGCCGCCUCGUGGACGGACAGCUGGGAGCCGACAACUUCCGCAUCGACGUCGGUUACGGCAGAGGUAACGCCUGGGUUGGCUGGACUAACGAAUCUUUCCCCAGCGGCUACGUUGACCUCGUAUUCGAGUUCGACCAAGUGCGUAACUUCAGCGCUGUGCAGAUCUUUGCCAACAACUUCUUCCUCAGAGAUGUUCAGGUGUUCCGGCGGGCUCUGGUGUCCUUCAGCGUGGGCGGGCAGGUGUUUCCGGGCCGGCCCAUCAGCUUCACGUACAUGCCGGACAUGGUGUUGGAGAACGCGCGCUACGUCACCAUCAGGCUGCAUGGCCGUCUGGGCCGCUUCGUCAGACUGCGGCUCCUCUUCGCCGCCCGCUGGGUCAUGAUCAGCGAGGUUACCUUCGAUUCAGUUCCUGUGUCGGGCAACUUCACCUCUGAAACUGAUUCUGAUGCGGAGAUCGUCGGGCCGGAGGAGCUUUACUACGAGGAAGAAGAAAUUGUCUCUGAGCAUCUCGAAACUGUUCCCGCGACGGUGAACGUGAACGAGAUACCCGUUGACGCCAAUAUGAAAGAUGCCCGGGAAGAGCCCAGUGAGGAGGGAGGCAGCGUGGAGGUGGUGAUCGGCGUGCUGACGGCGGUGAUGCUGCUGCUGCUCGUCGUCUUCGUGGUGAUCCUGGCGCUCAGCAGGAGGCACAAGAUGCAGGCCGGCUCCUCACCCACGCUGCUCAGGAACCCCUUCAGCGGAGUCACCCUCAACAUGAAGGACCUUCUGCUUAGCGUGGUGCCUGGCCCUGCGGGAGGUGCCAUCGUUCCGAGGGAGUGUGCACCGUGCUCGCCGUCCACCACGAUCGGCGGGGACGUCGGCCUCUCAGGCGUCGCCUGUGCCCGCUACGAUACUCUCCCGUCGCACACAGACGCAGUGGAGGUUCAGUCGCUGGUGGUGCGCCUGGACGAGGAGUCGGGCGGCGGCGCGGCGCGGCACUUCCACACGCUGCAGCUGGCGGCGGCGCCCGGCGGCGCCCCGGCCUCCGCCCUCGCCUCGCCGCGCCACGCCAAGGGCCGGCGCUGCCACACGGCGCCCAAGGAGCGCCGGCCGCGCCAGACGCCGCCCACCGUGAGCUGGAACAUCGUGCCCGUGGCGGACCGUCCUUACCGCUGCAAGGAGGCUCCCUCGCUGCCGCAGGUGCCCAGAGAGUGCCUCAGGGUCAUCGAAAGGGUCGGCUCCUGCCACCUGGGAGAGGUGCUGCUGUGCGAGACGGAGGAGCCCGCUCUGCAGGCGGCGGGCGGCGCGUGCCGCACGGUGUUUGCGCGGACGCUGCCGCGCGACUGGGACGGUGGCGGCGGCGGCGGGAGCGCGCGCGAGCUGCGCAUGCUGGCGGCGCUCAGCGACGAGCACGUGGCGCGGCUGCUCGCCGUGUCGCCGGCGCCCGCGCCAGGCCAGCCCGCCUGGGCGCUCACGCAGUACCCGGAGCUGGGCGACCUGGCGCUCUACCUGCAGUACCACACCGCCACCAGGCCGCCCCUCAGCAUUGAGUGCCUUACCUCCAUGGCAACGCAGAUAGCGUCUGGAAUGAAGUACCUGGAAUCAAGAAACCUCGUUCACAAGGAUCUGGCUGCAAGAAAUUGCUUGCUCGGCCGCGGGUAUGUAGUGAAAGUCGCAGACCUGGCUAUGGGCUGCGACCUCUACAAGAAGGACUACUACCAAGUUGGUGGACCUGCUCCAGUUCCAAUCCGGUGGUUGCCUUGGGAGAGUAUACUACUGGACCGGUACACGCCAGCGAGCAGCGUGUGGUCUUUCGGCGUGACGCUCUGGGAGAUCCUGAGUCUGGCUGGUGAGCGGCCCUUCCAGCACCUGUCCAACGAGGAGGUCAUCCAGAACGCCGAGCACAUGUACUACGGCAGUGAGUUGCAGGUGUUCCUUCCCAAACCAACAAUUUGUCCACCAGAACUGUAUGACCUGAUGUGCGAUUGCUGGAAGAGAGACGAAACAGUACGACCUAGGUUCAAAGAGAUCUACCUUUUUCUGAAAUAUAGAAACUCUGUCCAUCCAGUUGAGUACAGGGAGUGACCUCAAACCCAAAGUUGCGUGAAAUUAGAGUAAUGGGGCCACCAUGAUUUCAGAAUGUUAUUCAUUAAAGACUUCUAAUAACGUAUGAACUACGGCUGACAUACUUCGAAUAUAUCAGGAAAAAAGUGUUACUGGGAAGUCGUGAUGGUCUGUGAAAUCCUCGUGACGCUCUAGGAAAAUGAAAAUUUUUAUCACUAAAGCCAAUAUGAGAUACAUUAAUACAUUUUUUAUCACAAUUUGUACUACAACUUCUUUUGGAAAAAUGUUAUCAAAAAUAUCUGUUACAUGGAUAAUAUGUGUACAGCAAUGGAGGUACAGACAACAGUAAA